AGCACUUAGCGCCAGACGGAGAAGGAUUGAGUUAUAGCUAUUUGCUAACGCCUUAGAGGCAAAUAAAGCUGCUGCAAAAUCGUUCUAACGUCUUUGUUCACACCUCACACUCACACCCUGUUUUCAAAUUCAUAACUACUGAAACAGAUACAUAAUCCAUAACGCUUUGUCUUUCUUCUCACACCUCAACAAAUCAUGAAGAAGCCAACUCCGGCAACAACAAUUGUAGCUAUUAUUUUCCUUCUUCUUCAUUCCUCGCUCGCUCUCAAGGAAGCGCAAACAUGCGUGGCAAACAGAAACUGCGACUCAGGUUUACAUUGCGAAACGUGUGUGGCAAACGGGAACUUGCGACCACGGUGCACUCGAACCCAACCAACUAACCCGACUUCAAAGGUGAAGGGGUUGCCGUUCAACCAUUAUUCAUGGCUCACGACUCAUAACUCAUUUGCGAUGUUGGGUCAGAAAUCGGCCACUGGCGCUCUCAUUCUCUCUCCGACCAAUCAGCAAGAUACCAUCACCGAUCAGCUUCAUAAUGGAGUACGAGGGUUGAUGCUUGACCUGUAUGACUUCCAGAGUGAUAUUUGGUUAUGUCACUCGUUUGGUGGCAAAUGCUACAACUACACAGCUUUUCAACCUGCGAUCAAUGUUCUCAAGGAGAUUCAAGUAUUUCUUGAGGCAAACCCAUCAGAGAUUGUUACUAUCAUAAUUGAGGAUUAUGUUACUUCACCAAAAGGCCUAACAAAGGUUUUUGAUGCUGCUGGACUCAAAAAGUACUGGUUUCCGGUGUCUAGAAUGCCCAAAAAUGGUGGAGACUGGCCAACCGUUGAUGAUAUGGUGAGCAAGAAUCAGCGUUUAAUCGUCUUCACCUCAAAAUCCGCUAAGGAAGCUUCUGAAGGGAUAGCCUACGAGUGGCGAUAUUUGGUCGAAAACCAAUAUGGAGAUGGUGGAAUGAAGGCUGGUAUGUGCCCGAAUCGCGCAGAAUCGCCGGCGAUGAACACGACAUCAAGAUCGCUAGUACUAGUGAACUUCUUCCGUGACCUUCCGGAUGUUACCAAAUCCUGCAAGGACAAUUCUGCUCCUUUGCUAAACAUGAUCAACACUUGCUAUGAAGCAUCCGGGAAACGAUGGCCUAAUUUUAUUGCUGUUGAUUUCUACAAGAGAAGUGAUGGAGGAGGAGCUCCACAAGUAGUAGAUGUUGCUAAUGGAAAUCUAGUAUGUGGUUGUGGAAACAUAGCCACCUGCAAGCCAAACAUGACAUUUGGAGUGUGCGAGUUACCUGAGGCUGAUGUAGCUCCUCCCCGUGCAGCCGUGGGGGUAGAACCACCACCACCACCUCCUCACACGAGCUCUGCCUGUAAUAAUUGCAAGCCAAUUGCUUUGUUGUGGUUGUUUGCCAUGACUACUCUUCUUGUUUCCUUCCUUUUCUCAUUGUGAACAUUAAUCCCUCUUUAAUAAUUCAGAAAAAAAAAAUUAAAGUAGUAGAGAAAAGGUAAUUUAAUUAGGAGAAACCAUUUUUAGGAAAUAGAUGCUUUCAAUUGGAAAAUCCAUCCAUGUUAAGUGUCAAAUUUUACCAUUAUAUCGAAUUAUCAAUGAUGAAAAUUUACACCUGA